AUGCGCAUGAUUUGCCGCCAUGUGACGCCUCCAGCUGGAUCAUUGUCUCCAUUCUUCGCACCGGCACGGCUUUGGCAAUGGCUGAGAGGCGUUCGUCUCGUCCUGCUCCUAGCCUGUCUGGCUUCAAUAGCCACCGUACACGCACAGACACCAGGCCAGAUCAAGGCACUCAGAAAAGAGGCUGAAGAUCUCUUCUAUCAUGGCUUCGAGAACUACAUGUCCUACGCCUUUCCCGAGGAUGAGCUGCGCCCGAUCUCCUGCAAGCCCUUGACCCGCGACCGGGAGAACCCCGCGCAUAUCGAAGUCAAUGACCCUUUGGGAAACUACUCCUUGACCCUCAUCGACAGUCUGUCCACUCUCGCCAUCAUCGCCUCCAACCCGUCGAGUUCGAAGCGCAAUAAACCCCUGCGGCUUUUUCAGGACAGCGUCAGGGAUUUGGUCGAGCAGUACGGCGAUGGCUCCGACGGUCCGUCGGGCCAAGGGCUAAGAGCAAGAGGAUUCGAUCUGGACAGCAAGGUGCAGGUCUUCGAGACAGCGAUACGAGGUCUUGGGGGGCUGUUGAGUGCUCAUCUAUUUGCUGUUGGCGAACUACCGAUCCGCGGCUACGCUCCUCCUCGCAGGCAGGUUGCAUAUGCUCAAGCAUGGCACAAGGAUCAGUUUGAUGGCAAGAGGCAGGGCGUACUCUGGUCUAAUGGAUUUGAAUAUGACGGCCAACUCCUGCGGCUGGCGUAUGACCUGGGUAACCGCCUGAUUCCCGCCUUCUGGUCUUCAACCGGCAUCCCGUAUCCUCGCGUCAACCUCCGGCACGGGAUCCCCUUCUACGUCAAUUCUCCCUUUAAUGCUGGCGCUGAGGCCGCCCAAUGCGAUGCUCGCCCCGGACCGCCUGAAAUCACCGAGACAUGCAGUGCUGGUGCAGGAAGUUUGGUGCUUGAGUUUACAGUCUUGAGCAGGCUGACUGGGGAUCCCCGCUUUGAGGAACUCGCGAAAAGAGCGUUUUGGGCGAUUUGGCAGAGGCGCAGCGCCAUCGAUUUGAUCGGGGGCGGAAUUGACGCGGAGAGUGGAAACUGGAUCGGCACCUGGACAGGCGUUGGUGCUGGGAUUGACAGCUUUUUCGAAUACGCUCUGAAGUCGCACAUCCUGCUGUCGCGGGAAGCCCAUCCAGUCUACCAAAACAUAGACGCCUUGCAAGAUCCAAGGAUACUUCAUGAAUCCUUACCCGUGGAAGACUCGACUUCUGGGGCCUUUCUUGAUGCCUGGAACGUUGCUCACGCCGCCAUCAAGCGGCACCUCUAUCGUGGCCCAACGUAUCAGCACCCACAUUACAUCCAAGCUGAUUUCUCCACGGGCGCAGCAAGGGGAUUCUGGAUUGACGCAUUGAGUGCGUACUAUCCUGGCCUUCUCACCCUUGCCGGACACGUUGACGAAGCCGUGGAAACCCAUCUUUUACAGACCGCCCUCUGGACCAGAUUCUCUGCUCUACCGGAGCGGUGGAAUAUCGUGACCGGAGGUAUUGAAGGGGGGCUUGGUUGGUGGAUAGGCCGACCAGAGUUCAUUGAGUCUACCUACUAUCUCUACCGUGCCACAGAAGAUCCGUGGUAUAUUCACGUCGGGGAAAUGGUAUUGCGGGAUAUCAAACGACGAUGUUGGACCAGGUGUGGCUGGGCGAGCAUCCAAAACGUGCUUACCGGAGAGCAGACGGACAGGAUGGAGAGCUUCUUCCUCGGGGAGACUGCAAAAUACCUCUUUCUCCUUUUCGAUCCUACACACCCUCUCAAUCACAUAGAUGAACCUUUCGUCUUCACGACUGAAGGCCAUCCUCUGAUGAUUCCCCGAAGUGUUGGCGCCAGCUCCCAUGGAGAAGCUCUUUGGCAUCCAGCACACAGCGAAGCGUCAUUCUGCCCCGUCAAGCCUUCGCCUCUACCAUUGACUAUUUCCCGCGUUGCCUCGAGGGGUGAUGUCUACCACGCUGCCAAUCUGGCCAGGCUUCAUCUCAUGCCGCUCAGGGACAAUGUCGAAUCUGCUCUUGGUGAAUACGCGGCGGACCACCCGAGUAUUACGCUGCUGGAUAUCAGCUCACCUUCCAAUCAUACGUAUUAUCCAUGGACGCUACCCCCUGAGCUCGUCCCUUGGAAUGCCUCAAGCUCUCUCAUCCCAACUAGACCGACCCUCGACAUUUCUUUCCCCGCCAUGGUUCCCACAGGCCAACCUGUCGCUCCUCUCCAACGUGUCAAAGACGGCAUCUUGAUCAAUACAAUCGGUGGCUUGCGGCUCGGAAUGAUUCAGGACCAUCCUUUUCUCUUCGACGACGGAUUCCACGACACAUUCCGAAUCCAAACAAUCAACAAUAUUCCCCUUGGCAAAGAUGAAAGGGUAUACCUGGCGCGCGAGACGGGCAGAGAUGUUCUUAGUCCAGCAGAUCCUAAUUUUAUGCGCAUUCGUGAUGCCGUUCUGCUGGAUUUGGUAAUUGAUCUGGACGCAUCCAUUGAAGACUCUGACGCUGCGGAGGCCGAUGAACCAGCUGCGACUGCAGGCCAGGGAUCUGAAAACAAUGGAGAAGCAUCGUUGGUCAUCGAUCUUCCACAAUUCGAAGAUGUUGCGAAUGACGGCGCCAUGCGCGCGGCAUGGAACGCUAUUGUCUCUCAGAUCUCCAACCUCAUCAGAGAAAGUCGUGCGCCCUCUCCAUGGCCCUUCUCAACGCCUCUUUCACUCAUUACACCCCCGACAUCGAAGCUUGCCUCUACCUCUAUGUCAUCACCCUCAACAAAAGGUGGGGGGAGCAAUUUGCUGCGGUACCACCUCUCCGCAGUAACGCCAACCGGCCCAGGCGCCGCACCACUGCCAGACUGGCCUGAAGCCUCCACCCUGCUAUCACCUGGCGCCACCCUGCCUGCAUUGUCGUGGACGAAGAUCUACGUGACGGAUGAACUUUGCGACCACAGGUUACCUCUGAGCGUGGCCAGGCAGCAUCAGGUUCUUGUGGUAAAGAGGGGAGGGUGCGACUUCAGCGCGAAGCUGGAGAAUAUCCCGGCAUACAAACCGGGCCCGCAGGCGCUGCAGUUGGUGAUUGUCGUGUCGUACGAGCAAAACGACGCCGACGAGCACGGCGGUGGUGAGCGAGAAGCAGGGGGAGAAGAGCGUAUCCUCCCGAGCGAUGAUAACGACGCACAUCCCGAUACCGCCUACUACGACGAACUCAGCCUGGUCCGGCCAUACCUGCACCGACGACAAGCCACGCCGGCGGGCCUACCGCGGCGGAAUCCGCUCCCGAUGGUCCUCGUGGGUGGCGGGCAGAGGGUGUACGACGCAUUGAAGAACGCCGCGGUCGCCGUGGGCGUCAAAAGACGGUACCAUGUCGAGACCAAGGGCGUGAGGAUCGCAAACCUGGAGAUCGUGUAG